AUGCCUGCUCUACCAGUUGGUCCCGAGACCCUCAACCACGGCUUCAUCGAGGUGCGCAAUAUCAUUCUCCGGAGAGCCGUCGACCACUCGAUAUUAGAAACCGUCGCCGUCACUUUCACAAUAUUCAUCAGCAUGGGUGCUCUCAUGUACUGGGGCAUAGUGAAGGGCGGUGACUGCGCCUGCGGAGGAAAGAAGAGGUGA